AUGAGACGCCGUGUUCAUAAGACUCCGGUAAAACCAUUGAGCAACAUUUACUCCAACCGUGUCUUCCACUUUCCACAACGUUCCAACAACAUAGGGAAACCCAACCACCUGAAAUGUGCAAAACCUCAUCUCCGAGGCGAAAAGUACCCAUGGUACCUGUUGAACAGGCAGAUAGAGAUGCUAUCCAGGCCAUGUUUCCGUUGUCCAAGCCAGCUACUGCGACAGGAUGAGCCCGUCAACCUCCUAGGAUGCGCCGGCGAAUGCCCUGGAAAGUAUGGUUCAGGAUUGCUUGAUUCGCUUUCACACAGGUUUCAGAACCGUGAAGUUUGUACUGACGAUCUUGUGCCCAAAGGUUCACCGGAAACAACCGGUGCAGCGACUUACAUGUCUAUCUAUACUCAGGGUCACUUCUCAGACGGCUUACACACAUCGCCAUCGCCGUACUCGCGGCUUUUUUUUGGAAGUCCCUAUCACUGCAUGCUACUUGGUGCAGAGCAUCCCCGUUCGCCUGAUAUUGAUACUGCUCUCGGUGCUGACACCGAUGAUGACCAUGUUGACGUUCUAUCGCCAAAGAUCAGUAGAACUAUUCAUGGUCGGCGCUACGGUUUGUACUCUUUUGCCCCUGUGAGAGAAGUAUCCAUUCUAUGGUCGUUACAGUUACUACACUCCUCUCCAGCACAGCCAGCACACCAUCUUAACAAAUGA